AUAUAGGUGUAGGGUUAGUUUGUGGUGUAUUUUUUUUCUCCUUUUUAGGAACAGGAAUAAUGAAGAGAAUUUAAUGUAGAUAGGCCGUGACUGGCCUUCCGCUUUAAUGUAGUAGAUGGUGGUGGUGUGUGCACCUUUAAAUCGAAUGUGAUCCGCCAACCCCAAUGAAGAAGAAGAAGAGGAAGAAGAAGAAGAGGAGGAGGAGGAAGUAGUUCAUUAUUGUGGCUAGCUUCACACUGGUGGAAGAACGGACCAUGAAAAGAUAGAUAUGUUAUAGUCGUGGAAAAUCUGAACUAUUUAUAUUUUCUAAAAUGAAAUAGAUCAAAGUAAUAGAACACGUGUAAAAGAUUGCGAAUCUAGAAUUGUAUUUAAACGUUUACAAACUUGACAAGAACCAACAAACCAAACGGUCGAGUCUGGUCGAAGUUAGCUCGUUCGGCUAAUCAGUUAGCUAGCUAAUCAACUAUCAAAGGAAAAAACGGCUAAACUCCAAACAAAAAAAAACAAAAUGAUCGUUUAAACAUCAAAUAGUUUCCUUUUUUUUUUUUUUUUAAGAAAUUAACUUUUUUUGAGCUACGGAUGAAAAAAAAAAAAAAGUGUAAUAAAAUCCCAACUCGUGAAGAAACACAACAGCUAACGGCUACAACGGUGAUGUUGUUAGGGCAACGGGGACUCCGCUGUGGCAACCCGUCGGUGCGUCGACGCUGGACACCUUGGCUUCAGUGGCGACUCGGGGCUUUCUUUUUCCUGCUGUUGCUGGAAGGGACCUUGUGUCUGGCCAACCCCGGCAUUAGCACCGUCUCUGCUCUGGACAUCAACAACCACCCCAGUGUCAACGUCUACAUGAGCGAGGAGGAGGUCAGCAAGCUUUUGGGUCUAGAUGCAGAGCUGUACUACGUGAGGGAUGACGUGGUAAACCACUAUGCGCUCUCCUUCAUCCUGCCUGUACCCAGCGAGACCAACAGCCUGCACUUCACCUGGCGCUCCAAGGAUAAGGUUGAUUACAGGAUGGGUUUCCAUGUAGACAAACCUGCAGCUAUGAACCAACCACAGAGCAACAUCUCUGCCCAGGGGGAGGUGCCUCGCACAGCCUCAGUGUUCAGAGUGGACCUGUUCUGCUCAGGGAAGGUAGAUGGGGAGGCGGUCCUGACGGUGCAGCUCAACCUCACCAGCCACUCGAACAACUUCACAGUCCUCAACUUCAAGAGGAGGAAAAUGUGCUACAAACUCUCCAAAACCAGACUUCAGAGGCCAGAGAAUGGAGUGUCCAUUCCUACCACCUCUACCAGGGUGUUCUAUAUCAGUGUUGGGGUGUGCUGUGCUGUCAUCUUCCUGGUGGCCAUUGUCUUGGCUGUUAUGCAUCUACACAGCAUGAAGAGAGUAGAACUGGACAACAGUGUUUCAGACAGUGGCAGUUCCCAGGGCCUGUCCCAGCCGUCUACCCAGACCACCCAGUACCUGAGAGCUGACACACCCAACAACGCCAGUGCUGUCACCAACCAUCACCCUGGCACUGCACCCGUUCUCCAGCUUGCUGCAGCCACCUUCCCAAACCCUGAAGCCCCCGUCCAUGAAACCAGAAGCUACCCGUCACUGCGUAUUGAGAAGAACGACCUGAGAAGCGUUAGUCUGCUUGAAGCCAAAGCCAAGGUCAAAGACAUCUCCAUCUCCAGACUGAGAGUCACUCUACGGGACGUCCUACACGAAGGAACAUUUGGCCGCAUCUUCCACGGCGUUCUUUUGGAUGAAAAGGACCCGGCCAAGGAGAAAUGUUGCUUUGUGAAGACAGUGAAAGACCAUGCCUCUGAGGUGCAGGUGACCAUGAUGCUGACAGAAAGCUGUAAACUACGCGGACUUCAUCACAGGAACCUGCUCCCCAUCAGUCAUGUGUGUACAGAGGAAGGAGAGAAGCCUAUGGUACUACUGCCCUAUAUGAACUGGGGUAACCUCAAACUGUUCCUGAGACAGUGCAAGCUGGCCGAGGCCAACAACCCACAGGCAGUCUCUCAGCAGGACUUGGUCCACAUGGCGAUCCAGAUCGCAUGUGGGAUGAGCUACCUGGCCAGGAGAGAGGUCAUCCACAAAGACCUGGCCGCCAGGAACUGUGUUAUUGACGACAGCAUGCAGGUGAAGAUCUGUGACAACGCCCUGUCCAGAGACCUGUUCCCUAUGGACUACCACUGUCUGGGAGACAACGAGAACAGGCCGGUCCGCUGGAUGGCCCUGGAGAGCCUGCUCAACCAUGACUUCUCUAGUGCUAGUGAUGUGUGGGCGUUUGGCGUGACCCUGUGGGAGUUGAUGACCUUGGACAGACUUGUUGACUAA